UUAAGUUCAUUUAAGGAUUCUACUCAGAUUAAUGAUGGAGUCGCAGGACAGUGAUAUAUCAGUGUGGGUCUGCCGGGAGGAGAAGCUCGUGCUCGGCGUGUCAAAGCGCACGAGCUGCGCUGAUGUGGUCAAAGUUCUCGUGGAAGACCAGAACUCUCAGCGCGGACUGUGCGCGGCGCAUUCUUACUGCAUCGUGGAGAAGUGGAGAGGUUUCGAGCGGAUUUUGCCGCACAAGACGAAGAUCCUGCGGCUGUGGGUCGCGUGGGGAGAAGAGCAGAAGAACGUGAAGUUCGUGUUGGUGAAGAGCGAAGCGUCUUUGGAGAAUCGCGGCGCGCGGAGCGCAGAGGCGCGCGUGGUGCGGAGCAAGCAGAGUCCGUGCGUCACCAAUAAAGAAUCCACGCGGUCCCCGACGGCGGGAAUUUCACCUGAAAAACAGCGUCGCAUUGUGAGGAAAGCGUUCAGAAAGUUGGAGAAGAUGAAUAAAAAGAGAGCGCGCGUGGCGCACAGACACGCGCCCUGCGCGGAGAAGAUGGAGACUCUGGUUCACCUGGUGGUUUCUCAGGAUCACACGAUCCGUCAGCAGGUGCAGAGGAUUUCAGAGCUGGACGCGGAGAUCGAGAGGCGCGAGACUCAAGUGCAUUCGGACAGGAUCAAGAGACACGGGAUUAACUACGUCCAGGACACGUACUUGGUCGGUGCUGCUGCAGCCUCCAACCGCGAGGAGGACGCGCGCUGUCCCACCGAGACACUGGCCAAGCUGGAGGAGUACGCGCAGUGGAGUGAGGAGGUGGUGAGACUGCAGGAGGAGCUGUGGGAGCAGGAGGCGCUGACGGACAUCAUCACGGUGCAGAUCCAGGAGGAGCUGAACCAGCGCUGGAUGCAGAGGAGGAGAGAGGAGCUGCGGAGGGCGCGCGGCGAGGGCGCAGCGGGCGCAGCGCGCGCAGCGGCAGAGAACGAGCUGCUUCUGGAAGAAGAGAGGAUCAACACGCAGCUGCAUGCCAGUUUAUACAUCGGUCUGCGGCUCAACACGGACUUAGAGUCGAUGAGGAGCGAUUUGGAUCUGACCCGGGAGCUUUACGCGGUGAGGGAGAAAGAGAUGAGGGAUUUACUGCAGCAAGUGGACACUUUGGACAUGGAUGAGGGCUCAGUGUGCAGCGAGGGGACAAGCAGACAGGAGACAGAUGAGGAGACAGAGCUGCUGAGCGCGUUGGAGAGGGACAGUGAGUGGGUGGAGCAGGCGAGAGGAAUGUCAAAGGUCCACAGUGGGAACGACGACGACUCAGACACUGGUUUGAGUUCUCUGCACAGUCAGGACUCGGACUCUCUCACUGUGUGGGAGUCUCUGGUGUGACGUCAUCAAAGCUUUUCAAUCGUCACAUAAUGAAACAUGUCUUUAGAGACAGUAAACAACAAACACAAGGUCCAGUGUGUGACAAAGGACUAGCGACAUCUACUGGUGAGAAUGCAGAUGGUAACGUGGUUCGUCUAUGUUUUGCUUGUGUGGUGAAAUUAUUUUUCUAAAACACAAAACUCAGGCUCUGUCGGUGCUGUAGAAACUCGUCAACACAAAGCAAGGCCCAAAAAAGCAUUUUUUAUUUUUUAUUCUAAAGACAUUACACACACACACUCAUAUGAGCAGAUUUCUUGUUAGUAUAUUGCAUUUCUGCCAAAGAACCCUUUAAUAACGUCACGUGUUGUGUCUCAAUGUGUGUUUUUACAGUGUAAACAGUACACUACAUCAAUAAACCUUGACAUUAUCAUCACUUAUGUGGCGUUCACUAACAUUUAGUGCGCGUCCGUGAAGCUGGAGCUUUUUAUGACCUGUGCCGAGGUCAUCUGUCCGUCAGCAGGAUUACACAGAAUAAAUCUGCAUUUGUUUCCUCAUUUCUCAGGAUUUUGAUGAUGGUGUUCAGAUUGUUUUGUAUUGUUUUUUUUUCAGAUUAUUUUCCUUUACUUACACUGCGUUUAUUCUAUUUUUCUAAAGCCAUAGUCUGGUGUGUCGGGUUCAUAGACGUCAUCUUAAAAGUGAACGUAAUCUCCGUUUUUUCCCAGAUUUACCAGCUGUCAGUCAAACUAAACUUGCUGGGCUUUAUCCUCUAAAUUCCUGUGAAUGGGUUCUUUUUGCAUCAGUGAUAGUCCCGCCCCCCCUGGUGGCCACUCAUUCAAUUGUUACUUCCUGGUGAGACUCCGCCUGCAAACUGUAAAACAAUCCCCACUAUCAGAUUAUGUGCACUGAGUGCAGCGUAGAUUUUCUUGUCAGAUUUUUUUCACAUUAAUAAAAACAACUUUUUGUACCUUGA